GGCCGGAGGUGGUGGUAGGGAUAGGGAAGGAAAUGGGGGGCCUUGGGUAAUUCAGUGCUUUCUCCAAUACUCUCCCAGUUAUAAAAGCAGGCACGGACAUUGGGAACUGGACCCAGAGGGCAGUCAGACAUCCAGGAGCUGGCCACUCCCCGGUCUCCCACCUACCAUGUUCAACGACUCCAGUUUCUCCUGCGCCCACCCCUCCGUGCUGGGCUACCGCUACGUGGCGGUGAGCUGGGGGGUGGUGGUGGCGGUGGCGGGCACGGUGGGCAACGCGCUGACCCUGCUGGCCUUCUGGGCCGAGCCCAAGCUGCGCACCCGCUUCAACGCGCUCAUCGCCAACCUGACCCUGGCCGACCUGCUCUACUGCACCGUGCUGCAGCCCUUCUCGGUGGACACCUACCUCCACCUGCGCUGGCGGACCGGGGGCACCUUCUGCCGGACCUUCGGCCUCCUGCUCUUCGCCUCCAACUCCGUCUCCAUCCUCACCCUGUGCCUGAUCGCGCUGGGCCGCUUCCUCCUGGUGGCCCGGCCGGCGCUCUUCGGCCGCAUCUUCUCGCGUCGCGGGGUGGCGCUGGCCGUGGCGAGCACGUGGGUGGCCGGGCUGGCCAGCUUUGCCCCGCUCUGGCGCGUGUUUGUGCUGGUCCCCGCCGUCUGCACCUGCAGCUUCGACCGCCAGCGCGGCCGCCCCUACACCACCAUCCUCAUGGGCUUCUACUUCGUGGUAGGCCUCAGCUGCAUUGGCGUCUUCUACUGCCUCAUCUACCAGCGAGUCCGCGGGGCCGCCCGGGCCCUCCGGCGCUACAGACUGUCCCGGCGCGGGCCCCCGACCCAGCCAGAGAAUGCUCCCCCCGGCCACUACCGGGAGCUGGACAGUGGCCUGGCCUCUGGGGAACCAUCGUCGGAGCAGUCCACCGGGCAGACGCAGGACGGGGAACGGGCCUCGGGGGACGGGGAGCCAGGGAAGGCCGUGGGGCCCGAGCCCUGGCGGGGGGCACCUCCCCGCGCGACGGCGCACACGACCACCGAGGGCCCUUCGGAGACCGGGAAGGUGACCCGCAUGUGCUUCGUUGUCUUUCUCUUCUUCGUGCUCAGCUACAUCCCCUUCCUGCUGCUCAACAUCAUCGACAUGCGGGGCCGGGCGCCACGGGUCUUGCAUAUGAUCUCCGCCAAUCUGACCUGGCUCAACAGUUGCAUCAACCCGGUGCUCUACGCAGCCAUGAACCGCCAGUUCCGCCAGGCCUAUGGUGCCGUGCUGCUCCGGGGUCGCCACAGCUUCGUCAGGCUGCGUUGAGACCCGCAGGAACCCCGGCAUCCAAGCCCGCGGAGGCCACCCGAUGCCGUUCCUUCCAGCUCCCAGGACUCACGCUGACCCGCAGGGCGGCCUGGGCAACCCAAGCCGCCUCGCUGGGCCUCAUGGAGAGGAGAAAUUCCCCACUCUCCCUCCCUCUCAAACUGUGUCCUGCAGCCGAGGAGCUCAACACUGGGGUUUGGCACAGAGUAGGCAUUUAAUACAUUCCCUAAUCAUUAAUUGGGGGCUGGGGGUGACAGUAUUUAUUAUUGGUAAUAAAUCACUGACCCUCAGCUACUUCUCCCCGAGAGAUCCUUCGCGGGGAUGGAGCGGAGCAGGGUGCGAGGCGGAUCCGAGGACAGGGUUGGAAAAAAAAAUAGCAGCAGUGGACAGAGAUUUUCGCUGCACCAAAAAUUGUAACUAGGUGACCUCCGGGACCCCCAAGACCGCCACCCUUCCCGUCGGCCUCCAAUGCCUCCCGUCCAUGGCCCCCCCACCCCCUUUCCCUCUUCCUCUGUCACCAUCCCUGGCUUGUGAAAUAGGAAGGGGAAGGCUGUAGAGAGGCUGGGUGGGGGUGGGGAUGUGGCCUCGGGAAGAAUUAUCCCCCCUAAAA